CUUCGUCUAGUGAAUGGUCCACAUCGCUGUUCUGGGCGGAUUGAGGUGCUGCACAACCAACUGUGGGGGACUGUGUGUGAUGCUGGCUGGGAUGCACAUGAUGGCCAAGUGGUAUGCCAACAACUGGGCUGUGGAAAUGUCUUUGAAGCAUCCAGGGGAGCCCAUUAUGGCCAUGGUUAUGGCCCCAUCUGGUUGGAAAGAGUGAACUGUACAGGAAAAGAAGCAUCUCUGAGUGAAUGCCCCCAAAGCCCUUGGGGAGAGCACAGCUGUAGCCACAGCCAGGAUGCAAGUGUGAAGUGUUCAGGUCUGGUCAGAUUGGUCAAUGGUUCUAAUCACUGUUCUGGGAGAGUCGAGGUGCUCCACAAGCAGCACUGGGAAGCCAUCUGUAACAAAAACUGGGGUCUGUCUGAAGCUCAUGUAAUUUGCAAGGAAUUGGGCUGUGGACAGGUCUUAUGGCCUCCACAAAAGAAUUAUUUUGGAAGAGGACCAGCUCCCAUCAGGCUAUUUGUACGCUGUGGUAAACUGACAAAAAAUGCCCUUGCUGAGUGUGAGCUGACAGAUUUUGGAGAGCAAAGCUGCAGUGAUGGAGAAGCUGCUGCUGUUGUAUGCUCAGGGCUCAGACUGGUGGAAAGUCCAUCUAACUGUUCAGGGAAAGUCGAGGUGUUUCACAACCGGACAUGGGGGACUGUGUGUGGUGACGGCUGGGAUCUGAACAGUGCCCAAGUUGUGUGCAGAGAACGUGGCUGUGGAGAUCCUUUGGUAGUCCCAGGAGGAACUCACUUUGGAGGCGGAAGGGGCCCCAUCUGGCAAUUUGACAGGGGGUGUCAAGGAACGGAAAUGUCCUUUAGUCACUGUCAUUUGAAACCCCAGGAAAAACAUGAUUGCAGUCACGAAGAUUAUGCUAGUGUCAUAUGUGCAGAAACCAGAUUGGUGAAUGGUACAAAUCAUUGCUCUGGGAGAGUCGAAGUGUUAUUCAAUGGAGAGUGGGGGACAGUCUGUGAUGAUGGAUGGAACCUGGCUGAUGCUCAAGUUGUGUGCCGAGAACUUGGCUGCGGAGAAGCCCUGUCAGCCCUCGGUGGAGCUUACUUUGGACAAGGAAAUGGUUUCAUCUGGCUAGAUGAUGUCAAAUGUUUGGGGACAGAAGCUUAUCUCAGCCAAUGCAAUUAUGUAAUGACUAAUCCAGAACGCACUAAAAAGCAUGAUUGUCGUCAUGAAGAAGACGCCAGUGUUGUAUGCUCAGAUCUUCGUCUAGUGAACGGCACAAGUCACUGCUCAGGAAGGGUUGAGGUCUUUCACAACAACAUAUGGGGAACAAUUUGUGAUGCUGACUGGGAUUUACAAGAUGUCAAAGUUGUCUGCAGGCAACUGGGCUGUGGAAAGGCCUCCAAAGCACUAAAGGGAACACACUAUGGCCAAGGGUCUGGCCCCAUCUGGCUGGAAAGCGUCAACUGUACAGGAGACGAAGCCACCUUAAAGGAAUGCCAGAAGACAGCCUGGGGAGAGCACAGUUGCAGCCACAGCCAGGAUGCCAACGUGGAGUGUUCAGCUGUUGAAUCAGUUGCCUUCAUUGAGACCAGCAUUCAUCUGGUUGUGGCUGGCUUGGUCCUCCUUGUCUUGAUUGCAGUUGUGGCUGAGGCUGGAUGCAGCAGGCGGAGGAAGAGAACACAGCAGCAGCUUUAAGCCAUCCUCUCUUCACUGACCUCUUCCAGUGAUCAAGAUCUGUCCUGCAGGGCUGUGGCAUCUGAGUCCGAGUCAGAAAGAAUUUCAUGUGGAUUCAGAGUCAAUGGAAGUGUACCAACUUUGACUUCAAAAUAAAAAGAUAUAAUAUUAAUGCAA